AUGAGGCGUGCGCCGGCGGCGGAGUGCUUUUCGGAGCUGGGCUUUCCCCCGCGGCGCGGGCGCCAGGAGCCGCCUUUUCCGCUGGGUGUCACUCGGGGGUGGGGGGGAUGGCCCAUUCAAAAGCGCCGCGAGGGGGCCCGGCCAGAGCCCUUCAGUGAGCGCUCGCAAGAGGACGGCAGAGGCCCGGCGGCUCGCAGCUCCCGGACCUUGUGGCGCAUCAGGACGCGGCUGCCCUGCUGCCCGGCCCCCGAGGAACCGCCGCAGCCUCCGCCGCCGCUCUGCUUCCUGCGCGUUAGCCUCUUCUGCGCGCUCCGGGCGGGCGGCCGCGGGAGCUGUUGGGGCGAGGACGGCGCGCGGCUGCUGCUGCCCCCCCGGGCCCGGGCGGCUGGAAGAGGAGAGGCCGAGCCGAGCGGCGGCCCCCCCUAUGCCGGGAGGAUGUUGGAGAGCAGCGGCUGCAAGGCGCUGAAGGAGGGUGUGUUGGAGAAGCGCAGCGACGGGUUGCUGCAGCUCUGGAAGAAAAAGUGCUGUAUCCUCACUGAGGAGGGGCUGCUGCUCAUCCCGCCCAAACAGCUGCAACACCAGCAGCAGCAGCCCGGGCAGGGGCCGGUCGAGCCAUCCCAACCCGGAGGCCCCGCUGUGGGCAGCCUCGAGCCGCCCGUCAAGCUGAAGGAAUUGCACUUUUCCAACAUGAAGACCGUGGACUGCGUGGAGCGCAAAGGCAAGUAUAUGUACUUCACUGUGGUGAUGGCCGAGGGCAAGGAAAUCGACUUUCGGUGCCCGCAGGACCAGGGCUGGAACGCGGAGAUCACGCUUCAGAUGGUGCAGUACAAGAAUCGUCAGGCUAUCCUGGCGGUCAAGUCCACGCGGCAGAAGCAGCAGCACCUGGUCCAGCAGCAGCCGCCGCAGCCGCAGCUUCAGCCCCAGUCCCACCCCCAAGCCCCGCCGCAGCCGCAGCCCCAACCCAAGCCCCAGCCCCAGCCGCAGCCGCAGCCGCAACCCAAGCCCCAGCCGCAGCCGCAGCCGCUCCAUCCGUAUCCGCAUCCGCACUUGCGUUCGCACCCACAUCCGCACCCGCACCCACUACCGCUCUCGCAGCCGCACGGCCACCGGCUUCUCCGUAGCACCUCGAACUCUGCCUGAAGAGGGCAGCACCCGAGCCAGACGAGGUUGUGAGGACUUGAGGAAGUGGGACAAGCACUUUUCUAUUGUCUUCACUUGGAUCGAAAACAAAACAGUCACCCCGCCCGCACCAGACCAAGUAGUUUGGACAGAAUACGACCGAUAACUUGGCGAUUCCUCUUAGUUUUUCUGCAUACUCUUCAUCACAAUGCAGGAAAUGAUUUCGAGUCCAGAAGGCUUUAUUUAUGAACCUUUGAGAGGAUCUUCCAGUAUGGUGGACCUUUUAGGAGCGAUGAUGUACUGUAAUGUUAUUUUAAUGUAUUUUGAUUUAUGAUUAUUUAUUAGUUUUUUUAAAAUGCUUGUUCUGAGACAUUUCUGAAUGUAGGCCAUUUUCCAAAAAAGAAACUUUAUUUUCAAAAACCUAUUCCCUAGUAAGUUCUAAUCUUGGGAAAGAAGAAAGUAAAAGGGCGGUGAAGGGGAACACAUCAAGAAUUCAUUUUCAGAAGGUCUGAUACUUAAAUGUUAUACCAGGUGGUUGAAAUUAAACUCUGUGAUACUA